UUUUUCCUUGUACCAGUCACAAAUAACAUGGUUGUCUGUGAUAGGAAAAGUGAUUUAGUGGUGAUCUUGAAGAGGAAAAAGAACCCCUGCCAUUGAUUCUCCAACCCGGAGUGAGCUCUCACUCAAAGGGAAUAGCAAACAUAUCAACCGCUCUCUGAGAUGGGAGUGACCGCGGCUCCAGCCUCUGGCAAGUUGUCAGUGACUACGGUGCUUUCAGGCUCCAAUCUCUACUAGACUCUUGUUCAUCAGUCUUCACUGAACGAACUCGCCAUGGGAACAAGCGAAGGAUUAGUGUUCCUGAUUUCCCCACAUGAGUGGAUGUCUAUUCUAGGGGACGGGAACGCGGCGCUUGGGUGCCCUCAUUAGCGUGAUGCAACUAAAGCCGCACUCUAGAAUAAAUUUGAAGGAGAUACACAUUCCCUUCUUGUCCAGGGGUUGCAACCUUUAGGGUCAAUUCUGCCGAGGAAAAAAGAUCCCACGUAUGUGUCUCGGGAGAGAAUGGAAGGACGGUGGAACAAGAUGAAGAGCACUGAAACAAGAGAUGAGUGCAUUGUGGAAAGGAGCUCAAAGCUACAGAGAGGGAUUGUCAUUACCCGAGGAGCGGAUUACAACUGAUUCACCUGGGAAAGUGGUGACCUUAUACACAUGCCCAAACUUGGAACGGGCAAUAAGAGGAGCCUUGCUUGCAUGGAAGGUUCUUGUCUUCCUCCUCAAAAAUGAAAGAAAGCAACAGUUGUGAAUUCGCCUGGAACAAGGCAAGGUGGUGUCUUUCUCCUCCCUUCCCCGUUGAAGGUCUUAACUACAACUUCUCUGGUACAAUUUAAUAACACGAGGCAUGCGAUUACCCUCGCCGAGUUAAUCAAGCUCGAAUGGAAAGUGGAACAACGUGAUGUGUUUGGUUGGUUGAUUUGUUGGUUGGGUGGGUGAACAAGCUUGUGUCUAUUGUAGGUAAUGGCGUGACUAAAGCUUAAGAUAGAUCCGUCACUUCUCGACAGUGGAAUGUUAGGGACAUUGGAAUUGUGAUUUCUUCAGUGUUUUGGCUGCAUCAUGUAACCAACCGAGGUAGCGCCCUCUUAAUGGUGAAGGAGCUCUUCACCCAGAAAGUGCAUCCAAUAUCCUCUGCAAAGCUCUGUGGUUAUUGUGGGGAGCAAUCCAAAGGCAUGCUUGAACACACAACAAGUCCAAGGUGAAGAGUGAAUGCAUAUCAAUCAAUCUAGGCAUAAUCGAUGAGACUGUCCAGAAAAAUUCUCCAGAUAGCCUUCAAACACAAGACCCUUCCGUGAAUGAAAGCCUUCUGAUUUCCUUCCAAUCCAACGAGGGUGGGUCAAAAAGAAAAUGUCUUGGCAUAAGAAAGACAAGGGACGCACCGGUCUUCAAGUAUUGAGAGGUAUGGUCUGAUCAAGUUUCAACGCUUCCUUUUACUCUCUGCUCGGCCAAAUGGCUCAGUGAUGUGACAAUUCGAUCAUUCGAUAGUAAACCAUGGAUUGUUCGCUAGCUGGAAUUUUAGUGCACAGCAAGCUUUAGACAGACAUGGACUAGCAUAACACAGUGCACGCGCUUCAAUUUAUCGUGAGGACUACUCAGUACUCUCUGACACCAGAAUUGGACUGUUAGCUCCUGUAUGUAGCUAGCCUGUUGCAUGCUUGCUGGCCAGACUCCUCACAUAAUGACUACACUUCAUGAAUCGUCCAGUGAGCAGUUUGUUAUCGUUCAUUUAAUGGGAAGACAAUCCUGUAGUCAUGAACAUGGUGUUAUGAAUAACAAGUUUCUCCCUCCCGACUCGAACAUCUUUGAAGUCAAAGAUAAGAUUGGCCAAGUCCCUCUCAAGGUGUGCGUUUGUCAGCAUCGGUAAUGCCAGUGAAAGCAUGGAUCAAUACGCCUCUGCUUUUGAUGACCUGCCUGUCAAAACAGUCUUUGAAUAUCACAAGGAAUAUAAGGUACUCAGACAGAUUGCCAAUGGAGCCUUUGGGAGUGUGCAUUGUGUCCAGAAGCGGGACACUAAAGUCAUUCACGCAGCUAAAUACGUCAAAAGUAGGAACUCAGAUUUGGAGAGAGAAGUCAAUGCUCUAAAGUCACUCUGCAAGUCAAAUUUGGUCUUGAAAUUUGUGGCCUUGUAUCAGAACACGACAGGGAUUCAAUCCAUCCUGGUGACCGAGUUCCUAGCCGGAGGCGAUCUAUGUGAGCGGACAUCUUCCAAGGACUACAUCCUUACUGAGCAAAAGUGUCGCAAUGUCAUCCGGCAAAUCUGUCGGGGUGUGCAAUACAUUCAUAGUAAUAAUUUCAUCCAUCUUGACCUCAAACCUUUCAAUAUAGUCUUCUCACAAAAGAAAGACGACUAUGACCUGCGGAUCAUUGACUUUGGUCUGGCUCGAGAAAUCGACGAGACCCGACGGGUCCGGAUUGGUAUGUGCGGUACUAUUGAAUACAUGUCUCCAGAGGUCAUGAAUUGCUUGGAAGCCUCACCAGCAUCGGAUUGUUGGGGAAUCGGAGUCAUUGCUUUCCAAUUGCUAUCGGGAGGGGUGUCACCCUUCUUUGUGGGCAACCGAUUCCGGACCAUGGCCCGAGUUCUGGACUGUGAUUAUGCCAUCAAUGGACCUGAAUUGGCCAAAACUUCGGACGAGGCCAAGGAUUUCAUAUCAAGACUACUUCUGAAAGAGCCCAGCCACCGGAUGACGGCCCAUCAUUGCCUUCAGCAUCCGUGGUUAGUGGAUGAUAAACUGUACCUUGGUAUUCUAGAGACCCUCGAAACCACGUGGAUGAGGCGAUGCCUAGCUCGAAGGCGUUGGUAUCGGUUGUUGAAUGCCGUCAGAGCUAUGACCAGUAUUCGGCAACUUUCGGGUAGUUGGGAGAACAACUCAAGCAUGAGCUCUGUCUCGUCCGAAGACGAUGAUCCCGUGGUCCUGACCACUCCCGUCAAUAGAUUGCCCAACGGCUUGUCAAUCUUUGACAUCUCCGCUUAUAACAACACCUUUGACAAGCUCCAUCUGAUUGUGAAUAAUGGAGCAUUCGGAACCUUAUUCUGUAUCCAGCACACAGUCUCUGGAGAAGUCUAUUCAUCCAAGCAUCUCAGAGACUCGUUCCCAACAAUGAGAAAAGAAGCCUCCAUUCUCCACCAGCUUCGCAACGAGGAUGCCAUUAUUGCUUUUCAUGGUCUUUACGAAGGACCUCACGAGUCUGUGAUUGUCACAGACUUUUUGGUGGGAGGGGAUUUGGUGGAACGCACCGCUAGUCCGGACUUUGUACUCAAUGAGUCCAAAUGUAAAACCUAUGUCAGACAGAUCUGCCAAGGUCUCCAGUACAUUCACAAGUGCAAUAUCGUUCAUUUAGACCUGAAACCAUUCAGUAUUUGCUUCGUCAGUCACGACGAAACUGCACUCCUCAAGAUCACGGAUUUCCAACUUGCCCAGAAUUUGCCACUCCCCGAACGAAAGAUAAAGGUGACCGAAAUGUGCGGCUCCUUAGAGUUCAUGUCACCAGAGGUGAUUGAAUGCACCAAUGCGUCCACGGCCACGGAUUGCUGGGGCGUUGGGGUCAUCUCCUACAUGUUGAUCACGGGUGGUCAGAGUCCGUUCUACGGUGGAAAUCGAUUCCGUACCAUGGCCAAAAUCCUUACUGCUCAAUAUUCCUUAGACAUGCCGGAUCUCCGGCACAUUUCCCCGGAGGCCAAAGAGUUCAUCCGGCAAUUGUUGCACGUGGAUCCUUUCUUCAGAAUGACAGCUCAAGAUUGCCUGGACCAUGCCUGGCUGACUUCAGAUUCUGAUUAUGUAGAUGUUCUCUACACCCUUGAGACCAAAUGGAUGAAACAACUCUUGGCUAGGCGACGAUGGCAACGCUGGUACAAUGCGGUGAGAGCAAUGCAAAGGAUGAGAAAAUUCAGUGCUGCCUCAUUUAAACUUGCCAUGGAAGCUGGGAAUUGACGAGCUUCACCUCUUUUGUAACCUUGGUUCUCAGUCUCUAACGUCUCUAACCCCAUGAAAGAGCGGGGGUUUCUUUUUGACACCAUCGCUUCAAGUCACUGCCCUCAAAAUAAUUAGAAGUAGAGGAGCUUCCCAUUUGUCUAGAGAUCCAACAUAUAAUUAUCAAGUCUCCCCCGCAUCUCUUAAAGUACUCAAACUCGCUUGACAAUUCUGCGCAAGAAAUUCCCAUUCAUUCCUCAUAUCAAAUACCAAGGCUGUUAUCGUUAUAACAUGUUUCUAUAUCAAGAUAUCAACAUUUCACGGUAUUCCAAUAUCCAUUCUGAGAUUCCUUUUUCUCCCUUUCGAUAUCGUCGAGUUCAUCUUUUUCGAAUUUUCCAUUUCAUGUUCUGGUUCUUCUAUAUUUCUAUGUUCCUUCAUUCCUCACCCUUGAACGUUGUUGAUAAGAAUAAAUGCUUGAAAGAAC